CACUACAAGCCCUUCCUCCACUGCUCCCCACAACCCCUCACCCUCUCUCGAGCCACCGCACUCGUUCCGGCUUUCUCGUGCGUCUGCAGCCGCCGCACGUAUCAUGCUUCGUCGUGCCUCCCCAACCGCAGCCCAGCCUUGUUGCGCCUCCCCAACCGUAGGUUGGAUGGAUUUGCCUCUGGAACUGUUAGAAUUAAUUUUGCAAAGGCUAUCUUUGGAUGAUGUCAUGAAUUGUCGUACCACAUGCUGCUCUUGGCGAAAGGCCGCUGACGCCAUAUUUUCAUCUCAGCUUCCAUUGAUGCUCUCUCUUUCAACAGGAGGGUAUGCCUACAACUUUGGAAGCUUAUCCGACCCAUGGAGCAACCAUGAUUCCACUGUGCUCACUGAAAAAUGGCCGCCAGAAAUCGAGGGUAGCUGUAAUAGGGUUUACUCGGUGCAAGGUUGGUUGGUGUUCAAUUUAUUUCAUUAUGAGUCGGUCAAAGGCCAAACUUUUUCGGAGCUUUUAUUCUUCAACCCGUUUUCUCGAGCCAGAUUCAAGCUUCCAAAACUGUUCUUGUUUUCUGGAAAGCCGUUCUAUCAUCACGUUCGUAUUGCAUUCAAUUCUGCACCACCGGGGUCUGAGGAGUUCGUUGUUGCUUUCUUGUUUGUGUUUAGCUAUCAAGAAAAAGAGUACUACUUAAUGGGACCAGAAGAUUUGAAGCAAAGGCUAGCUUUUAUCAAAUUCAAGCAAGGAUCAUGGAUUGAAUCUAUUGAAAGCGAUGAAAUCUUCUACGACAUUGAAGUUCAUGGUGAUAAUAAACUGUAUGGUCUUACCGUCAAACAUGAAACAAGUGUUGUGUUCGUGUUUACCCUAGAUAAUCAUCGUGAUGAUCAUGUCGUCGAACGAUUGAUUAUGCUAAAUACCAUACAAGAUAUAGAUCCUGUUGGCAGAUUUAUUUUUUCUUAUGCAUCCUUCAAACGAAGUCAUCAGAUGGUAAUGGACACUAACACGGGGGAGUUGUUGAUAGUUCGUCAUGAGCGAAGUAUCAGUUACGACAUAUCAGUUCGUACAGAAGGGUUUAGUGUUUUUAAAUUGGACAGAAACAAUCUUAAAUGGUGUGAGGUUUUUGAUAUUGGUGAUCGUUUCUUAUUCUGGGAUUUCACGGAGGUGAGUCUUGUGUCUACCAAGGGACUUAGAGUUGCAGAACGGUUUAAGAGAGGCAACUGCAUAUUUUUCUGCCAUGCAAAUGCUCAGCUAUAUCGAUCUAAUGAAUUUAAAGAACAUGACGUGGGAGUCUUCUUCUUGGCUGAUAGAACCGUUAGCCAUUUUUCAAUGGGUUCUUCUUUGCCGAUUUCACUUCGGAACAUGUGGUUCAGCCCUGCUCCUUAAUUAUUUUGUUAAAAAUUUUAGAUCUUAGAUUGUAAUAAUUUAUUUAUCUGUUAUCUGAUCUUAAUUUUAAUUUGGGAAACAAUUUAUUAGCAUGAUGUUUAUUUCAUCUUGAUUUAUUCUUGAGAAAUAGAAGAUCAAUAAUAAAAAUUAAGAAAAAAUUUUAUUUGCUGUCUAAAAAAUUAUUGAUAAAACUUUUUGAUGUACGCAUCUUUUUUUAUUGAAGAUAGUAAAAGCGAGAUGCAUUUUAAAUUUUUAAUACCAUUAAAAUAUCGGUUUAUCAAAUGUGAAAAAUUAAUGUAUUAAAUUAGCUUGUUGGUAAUGAAGAUAAAGUGAAAGACUAAGGCGAAUAAUAAUUAUAAAUUUUAACAUCAAAUUUAAGUUAUUUUUAGAGCACCAUUGCAAGAGUUGUCCCUGCAUAUCAGAAGUUUGCAGCUUGGAGCUGUGGCGUCAUUUUUAGAGAAGGCACUUCAGCCACCAGAUCCUCUCGCUGUUCAGAAUGCUAUUGAGCUUCUAAAAACGAUUGGGGUAUUGGAUGACAGGGAAGCUCUUACCCCACUGGGUUGGCAUCUUAGCACCAUACCUUUGGACCCAAAUAUUGGAAAGAUGCUUCUCAUGGGCUCUAUCUUUCAAUGCCUUAACAAUUGCUGCAGCUCUUGCAUAUCGCAACCCAUUUGUCUUGCCAAUUAACAGAAAAGAGGGAGCUGAUGAGGUGAUUCUUGCAGUGAUCACAUAGCUCUUCUAAAAGCAUUUGAAGGAUGGAAGGAGGCAAAACGCAGUGGGAAUGAGAAGCAGUUUUGUUGGGACAAUUUUCUAUCCUCAGUAACCUUGCGGUUGAUUGAUGAUAUGAGAUUACAGUUUCUCAAUUUAUUAUCUGACAUUGGAUUUGUUGAGAAGUCCAGGGGUCCUAAUGCCUACAACCAGUACAGUCAUGAUCAGGAGAUGGUUGGAGAAAACUCGAUAUCGCAUUAAGGCAGAAUUUGACAACUUUGAGGGGAACUCAAGGAGGAGAAGGAAGCAAUAGGAUUCUAAGAAGGAUCUGAUGACUGAAUUGUUUGAGGAUGUUGAUGUAGAUACUCAUUACAAAAAUUAUAGCGUAGGUGUUAGAAAAUCUCUUGAUGCUUGGUCAGGUUCACAGAUUGAUUUGGGUCUGGUAGAAGCAACAAUUGAAUAUAUCUGUCGUAAAGAAGGUGACGGAGCAAUUCUUGUAUUUCUUACUGGCUGGGAUGAGAUCUCUAAGCUACUUGACAAACUUAAAGUUAAUAACUUGAUUGGUGAUCCUAACAAGUUUUUUAUCCUUCCUCUGCAUGCCUCAAUGCCUACUGUCAACCAACGUGAAAUAUUUGACCGUCCUCCCCCUAACAAGAGGGGAUUUCGUAUUUUUAAGUUGGACAGAAGCAUUCUUAGAUGGUGUGAGGUUUUUGACAUUGGUGAUCGCUUCUUGUUCUGGGAUUAUACUAAGGUGAGUCUUGUGUCUGCUAAAGGACUCAGACUUGCAGAACGGUUUAAGAGGGGUAACUGCAUCUUUUUCUGCCAUGCAAAUACUCAUAGGGAGUGGAAAUCUCCAAUACCAGAUAUUCAAGAUCAAUUUCGAUUUAAAGAACAUGAUAUUGGUGUAUUCUUCUUGGCCGAUAGAACUAUUAGCCAUUUUUCAAUUAGUUCUUCUUUGCCAUUUUCGCUUUUAAACAUGUGGUUCGGUCCUGCUCCUUAG